AUGCCAACAUUUUCCUUGCAACUACAAAAACUUAUACAGCCAGGGUAUGUUGUCAGUGGAAAGUUUGACGGAUCUCAUGCAUGUCUUGCAGCAGCGACACCCAGUGGGAACAUUCUGGUGCACAGUCCUCACCGACAGCCUGCGUCAAAUAUCGAAGUCGAGCAAUCUCAAGGAAAACUUGCCUGGAGUGGAGAAUUGGCAAAAUUGCAGAUUGGAAAACAGGUGACAGCUCUCUGUACGGGGCACUUUGGUGAAGAUGAAAGAGAUGUCCUUUUGGUGGGAACGGCGACUCACGUUCUAGCAUAUUUAAUAGAGGAUAAUGCUGAUCUUUUUUACAAAGAGAUGAGAGAUGGCGUACACAGCGCAGUAAUAGGAAAACUGGGAUGGCUGUCGAGUCAGGUAGCGGUCAUCGGAGGUAAUUGUUCUGUGACUGUUUUGGACUCUCAAGGUACAGAAAUUUAUUGGACAGUUAUGGGAGAUCUUGUCACGUCUGUAAUGGUCUUUGACUUCGAUGGGGAUGGCUGUAACGAGUUGUUGGCUGGUACCGAGGAUUUUGAAGUCAGAGCUCAGAAGGAAGACUCGGUGCUCUGGGAGAUGAAAGAGACUGCACCUGUUACAGCUUUGACUCCACUUCCAAACAGACAAUUUGCAUAUGCCGUCAGAAAUGGAACAGUUGGAGUUUACGAGUCUAAUCAGAGGCUCUGGCGAGUCAAGUCUAAGCACAGAGUCGUGGCGAUUCGAGGCUUCGAUGUAAAUGGUGAUGGCAUUGCAGAGUUGGUGACCGGUUGGAGCAGUGGAAAAGUGGAUGCGAGGACUGCCAAAACCGGAGAUGUGAUCUUCAGAAUUCAAUUGAACGCCGGUAUUGCUGGCGUAAUCGACGCGGAUUAUCGGAGAACAGGAAGAUCGGAUUUGGUAAUACUCUCCGCAACAGGAGAAUUACGAGGUUAUGCUUCGGGUUCUGCGGUGGACACGCUCGAAGCUGGAGAAAUUAAACGUGAUCUCAUGCUUAAAAAGCAAGCUUUACAGCUGGAGCUUCAACAAAGAGCGAGUAUAACCUAUCAAGACAGUAGAUUAAUCAUUGACAUUUCCUCAUCGAGGGGAGCAGUGCGCCUUAAUUUUGCCUCUGGACCAGGAUUAUUAGUGUACUGCGCUAUAGUCUUUGCAGAAGGUGUGUUCGAAGGUGAAACACUAGUAUCUCAUCCGAGCAAACCAAGAGGUGAGUUGGAGAUUGAACUGAAGCCACCAAAUAAUGGACCUAUCGACAUUCAUGUGAAAGCCUGCGUAGGCCCUCCAGGAACCGAUGUAUUUCAAGUCUUUGAGCAGACGCGACAACUACCCAGAUUUUGCAUGUACGAAGUUACCGGCCACCCAGAAAAUUUCUCUGAAGAUAUUCAAGGCUAUGGCGUCAUCGCUGAUGUCGCAGAAAGAGCUCAGCGAAUCAUUCUCUGGUUGAACCAGUGCUUCUUACUCUCCGAGGAAUUGGAGAUACCCGAGGAGGGUCCCAAUGCUGGCUCUAUCGAGUUAUGGCUUCGAGGAUUCAGAGACAAUAAAAUUCACUGUUUCCGAUCAACUCCAACUGGUAAAAUAAACAUCGAAACAGAAGAUGCUGCAUUUGCUGGUGACAUAAUUCAGUCCCUGGCAACUUAUUUGGGUCUGCGAGAGCUCAGCUCCGAAGCUAAAUUUCCUACCGAAGAGCAGAGAAUGACUGAAGCCCUAGAACGAGUUAAAGGGCUGAAAGAAGUAGAGUCGAAGCUCCAAGCCGAGGUAGCCGGAGGUUUGACUCAGCUUAAAGACCUUGUGAUACGUUUAGAAGACGCCAGAAUAUUAGAGGACGUCGAGAACAUGAAGAAGCGACUCGUGCAAUUGAGAUCCGUCAAUGGUGAUCUCAUAAGGGAACACGAAAUCAGAAUGAAGAGUCACGGAGAAUUCACGGCAGCCCUCAAAGAACUGAACGUCGGAGUUCAGCGUGCGUCAAGACUUCGAGUGGGAAGAGCAGCAGCGAAUGCCGUGUCUCGUUGCCGAUCGGCGAUUCACGCAGAGAACCCGAAGGCGUUGAUCCUCGCGAUCAGACAUGGAUAGACCCUCGAAAACGAUUAAUUGCCCCACUUUUGCAACGGUAAUUGCCACUUGCAAAUAU